AUGGGGCACUCGACAUCGAGUGAAUCCACAGCUAGUUCGGAAUCGCCCUCACCAAGCAGCUUGCUAUGGGUGAAAGUCCGAACAGGUAGCAAGCUUCAGACCCCUACAGCCCUAAAUGGUGAUAACAUCAUCAAAAUCUGCCGCUGGCUUCAAGGGAAGCCCCAUAGCUGGCGAAUGUAUGUCACCAUUUCAGUGGGCCGAGGACAAGGUCAGACAGAGAUUGUGCAGGUGAAGAACCAAGGGGAUUCGGAGGUUUCUUUCAGUCACACACCCAUCCCCUUCACUCUGGAAGACAUUGUCGCGCAUGAGCAUACCACUGGACUUGGACCACGUGCGACUUCCUUAGCGUCAAUGUCUUUAGCUUCCACUUUGUUGGAUCGAAGGAUCCCGGAAAUGACCAUUAAGGUGUUCCGGGUCCGACGUUUAUGUCAAGAUGCCUUGGUGGGUAUGGCUCGCUUACCCAUCAGCACCACAGAGCUAGCUGGCACCUCGAGGGAUCACAGCAUUUAUUUGGGGAAUGGUUGUGGCAUGAUCACUGUGCGCUGCAGUUUCAACUGCUCUGUGGCAGAUUUGCCGAAUCUUCAAAGUGUAUUGGCUUAUCCAAAGCGCCACUCCUUGGCCAAGUUUGCUCAAGCUUUGGCUCAGCUGCUGCAAGGGGAGGAUGGAUUGGAGCUCUUAAGGCGUGCAUUGCCUCCAGCUAUUCAUGUGAGAGCAGAGAAUUCAAAGGAGGGCACUGCGGUGAUGCAGAGCUUUUUGGUGUCUUUAUGCAAUCAGGUCAGCAUGCUAUCGGAGGAUGAGAGUGAUGCGGAAGUCAUGCAGCGCUUGGCCCCAUUGUCAAGGAGCAUACAGGAUUUCAUUGCUCAGUACACAAGCUCAGAAUCUGAUGUGGCAAACCUGGCAGAGAGGUGGCUAGGAGAAACUUUCUCCUUAUGCGCCCGAAAGGCUGGAAACAGCCAGAAGCUUGCGUCGAUGAACCACUGUAUGAUCAAGGAGUUUCUGAGGAAGGGAGAGCAAUAUCCUGGUUUGGACCACUUGGUGCCAAUUGAUCGGGAUGGCCACCAAAUCCCGGAUUGGGUGAACUCACCAUUGCCAGUGAGACGAGAUUAUGUCCCCCAUGAGGCAAUUCUUGGGAAAGGGAUGUUCGGCACGGUUUGGCGAGCCAUGGACUCCAGAUCGGGCCAUUGGUAUGCCGUGAAGAAGAGUCACACUUAUCGGCAGGCCACAGUGGCCAGAGAACGAGAAGUCACGAACCAUGUCUUGAUGAAUCCGCAUCCCUUCAUUGUGCAGAUCUUUGGCAACCACUUUAUUGAGAGCGGCACAGGGUUUUCCUCUUUGGUCAUGGAGUUUUGUGCAGGGGGUGAUCUUCAGGACAAAGUAAAUGCAGGUCAUCUACUCGGUGAGUAUCAUAUGCCGAAAGAGGCAUUGACUUGGCUGGCCGAAAUCUUCCUUGGUUUAGAGCACUUGCAUUUAGUCCUGGGCACCCUACAACGAGACUUGAAGCCCAGAAACGUGGUCUUCUCUCAGCAUGGCAGAGCCAAGCUCACUGACUUUGGAAUGGGACGAAUAGGUUUGGUCUCAACGGGAGAGUUCACUCUGCAGAAUUGCCCACCUGGAAGCCCGGCCUACGUAGCUCCUGAAGUGGUGCUGCAGAAGCCCUAUGACUGCAAAGCGGACAUCUAUUCCUUUGGCGUGGUAUGUUGGAACGUGCUGACCGGUGGGAUUCGUGAUGCGGCAGGGGAUUGGUCGACACCCUGCUGCCCAUUCUCUGCACAUAAUUUCAUGAAGUUGGCGAACAACCACCGUUUGCUGGAAAGGUAUGUCAAAACUCCGCAGAGGAACUCUGCUCGGCCUUUGCCCAGCGACGAGGCGAGUGACUUUGUUCUGGCAUUGACGAAGCCAGAUCCGGAUCAAAGACUUGAUCAUGGCAAAAUCCGGGCGACCCAAUUCAUGUCAGCAUUGAACUUGCCCCCGGCAGAAGCCCGGCGGUCUCAGAUUGAAGAGUGGCUGCGCUCCCAAGCAGCCAAUUCGCGCAAUUCGUAG